ACAUCACACACAGACGCUCUCUCUCGGUCGCUCCCACAUCGUUCGUCAGAUCCACGGCUCAGGGUAUGGCGGUGGGUCGUCCCCCCAGUAGGGUGGCGCGCUGUUCACCCGACCCGGUAGGCCGGCCAUGGCCACCAUGCCCCACCCGAAGGCAUGGCCACUCUCCACCUGUGGCCACGGCCGCCGUCGCCAGAGGUUGAGCCUCUGCCAGAAGGAUGGAGUGCUGGGGAUCACCGGGGCGGUGUCCGGCUCGGUGAUGCGAUAGAGCUCGCGCGCCUCGACGGCCUUCUUCUGGCGAAGGGGGUCGGUCUCGCCUUGGUCGUCCCCGGACUGGUUGCGGCAAUUGGGGAUGAGCAGGACGCUCUCGAUCUCGUGGCGGCUGGACGGGGAGUGAGAGGGCAACGAGACAGACAACCAGACAGAUGGUUUGCUCUCUCUCGGUCUGUCUGUGGUGAGCGACUCUCUCACCAUAGCAGACAUCGUGGCCGGCAGCAGCUUUGGUUCGUGGCUGCGGGGUUGGCGGCUCUCUCCUGCAGCGGCCUCAUGACCACCUCACUGGCACAACCUGAAAUGGCACAAAACAAUGACACGUACAAUGACUCACAAGCGCACGGGUGGCUUCUCAUCGACCGACCUACCUCGACACAUGCCCCCAUGGCCGCACGGCAAGAAGACAAUCUCCCUCCGCCCCUCGAAGCACACUAUGCACUGACUCGAGGCAUUGUCGGCGUCGCCCGACGGGUUCACCGCUUCCAAGGAAGCACCCGCACCCACACUCACAUCGACGUCACCCUCAUCCGACCCGGUAAGAUUAGACGGCAGGGCGCCUGGAAAGCUGGCAGACCGCGUGCGCAUCCCCGGCCCCUCACCGACUGCCAUUUGCUCGUCGCCGUCAGCGAGCUGGAGGCCGCUGGACGGGCGGGGCACGAGGUCCAUCUGCAGCGGCUGGAUCAUGCUGUCGUCCUUCACCGACGACCGGCCGUAGAGGUCAAACCGCCCGCCGCGGCACGGCGCGAUCGACUGGGUGUGGGUGUGGCUGUGGGUGUGGUUGCUGCAUUCAGAUGGGGCGGCGUGGUGUGCGGUCGGGGUGUCUGGCAGGGACUCAGUGCUCGACGAGGUGUGGGAGAGAGAAAGCGCCUCUGCAAGCAUUCACACACCACACGACACAUUCAUGUCUGCCUGUCUGCCCACUAUAUUCUGCAACCCACCCGAUGACACGCUCGUCGAGGCCGUGUCGGUCUGGUCGCUCUCCAGGCCCUCCAGCCUCCCAGCAACAGCUCCAGCGCUCAGUGUGGGCAGACCGAUGAUCGUCGGCGCGGCGACGUCCGAGCAAAGCCGCCCCGUUAUCCACGUCAGCCAGUUGAGGCCGUGUGGCGCGCGGCCCUUGUCUUUGGCUGCGGGUCUGAAUGAGAUGACGUGCUUGAAGAGGGUUGAGUGCUCCUGCUCGAGGAUGACGUGCGUGUCGGCGUUCUGCACCACUGCGAAUCAAACACACAGACACACAUGAGCACAGACGUCUUGAGAUGUUUGGCUUGUGUGUGGGGGGUGCCCUCGGUCACCUUUGCCGCCCUCAGGGAUGAUGUGUGCACCGUCUUUGCCCUCAUCGCUCUCCGACGCGACCACCACAUAGGGCGGGGCCGCCUCCGCCACCUCCUCCUCAGGCACCACACCCUCAUUGCCCCGACAAACUGAAGCGCACAGCAAAGCAACACCCACACACACCGACACACACGGACAGACGGCGCAUGCACAACACAGCGGAUGAGGUUCCUGCUUGUCUCCACCGGAUCCGUGUGUGUGUGUGUUUCGGUGUGCUCACUCACUGCAGUGCCAGAAGAAGAGAAAGACAGUGAACAGCACCGAAGAUCCGGCAACCAGCCCCGCCACCAAGCCGUUGCCGGACUGCAGCUCGACAGCUCGGGCUUCUCCAGACGUCGAUUUGAAGUGCCCGUGGCCCUGCUUCUGCUCCAGAAGGGCCCGAUAGGCCAGCUGCAGGUUCAGUGUCGGAUCUGCCUCGGCCACCAGGACAGAUCCGGAGAGCAGCAGCAGCAGCAUGAGCAUCCAAACAAGGCUCAUGGCGACGGUGCGCUGCCGCCAACACGCCACGCGACCACAAGGGGUUUCGGGAAAAG